CUGUUUUCUUCACAAACAACCCACAAAACCCUCUCUUCACUAGUUGUUCAAUGGAUGAUUCUUACUCACUCAAAGGGUGUAGAACUCACUUACCAGAAAGCCCAAGAGCUCCAAUGGAGUUCCUCUCUCGCUCAUGGAGUGCCUCUGCUUUUGAGGUCUCUAAAGCUCUGGUGCCUCCUCCUUCCAUGAAUACGGCGGCUAUGCCGUUUCAUUUGCCUCCAAAAUCCGCAAGUGGGUCUUCCUGUACGACGUCGUCUAUACCCGAAGACGUCACCGGCGAGUUCGAGGAGUUCCCUGUUCUUCAGGGCCACGGAAACAACUUCUCCUUUUCUUCCUCCGCCACUUCUCAGCUCGUUCUUGAUCGCAUUAUGUCACAGUCCGUCAGAGAGGAAGUGUCGCCGUUGACGUCCGGGAGGCUUUCGCACAGCAGUGGGCCUUUGAACGGCGGGUCUUUGACGGAAACGGACAGCCCGCCGGUGUCGCCUUCCGAUGAAUUCGACGACGUCGUUAAGUUCUUUCGAGCAAAUCACAGCAUUCAGCCCCUUUUCACAAAUGGCCGUGCUAGCGCCGGCAAUGUCGGUGGAAAUGCCGGUGGCGGGUCAAAGACGGUGGGGAGGUGGCUGAAGGAUAGAAAAGAGAAGAAAAAGGAAGAGCACAGAGCCCACAAUGCUCAACUCCAUGCCGCUGUUUCGGUUGCUGCGGUGGCUGCUGCAAUGGCGGCAAUUGCAGCUUUCCAAGCUACUUCUUCGUCAAAGAAGAAUGAGCACUCGGCUAAGAUCGACAUGGCGGUGGCCUCGGCUGCUACCUUGGUGGCUGCUCAAUGUGUGGAGGCGGCGGAGGCAAUGGGGGCUGAAAGAGACCACCUUGCUUCGGUUAUUAGCUCUGCCGUUAAUGUCAGAUCUCACGAUGAUAUCUCCACUCUUACUGCUGCAGCAGCCACAGCUCUACGAGGAGCAGCGACACUAAAGGCAAGAGCAAUAAAGGAAGUAUGGAAUAUCUCAUCAGUGUUACCAGUGGACAAAGGAUUACCACCAAUGGGUGCUUGUGGUAACAGAGGCAACAUUCAUCAUACCAACGAUAGCCAUAGCCAAGAAGCAGAGCUGCACCAAGCUGAUAAUUUUCUCUUCGCUCAUACGCAAGAUUUUCUUGCGAGAGGCACCGAGCUCCUCAAGCGCACCCGCAAAGGGGAUCUUCACUGGAAAAUAGUGUCUGUUUACAUUCACCGCACGGGGCAGGUGAUGCUGAAGAUGAAGAGCAGACAUGCUGCAGGAACAUUCACAAAAAAGAAAAAGAAUGUGGUGUUAGGUGUAUGCAGGAACAUACAGGCAUGGCCUGGACGACACUUGCUUGAGGGCGGAGAACAGCGGCGUUACUUCGGUUUGAAGACAGAAAUGCGAGGCAUAAUAGAGUUCGAGUGCAGGAGCCAGCGAGAGUACAAUCAGUGGACACAGGGGGUUUCAAGGCUCCUUUCCAUGGUAGCUGAUUCUAAGAACAGAUAUUAGGAUGUUUAACGUAUUCUCUCUUUUGUGACUUAGAUAGUGAGUAGUUUAGGUGAAAAUGGUUGGUUCCAAUGAUGCUUAGAUCCCCCUUGAAAGAAUGUACACAGGGAUAGAGGAAAAGGGGGCAGGGAACUCUGAAAUCACUCAUGGCAGAUAUCCAAAUAAAAAUUUGGGUCAGUCUAAUUCUCUAGAAGAGCCUGCUGAUUGUAAUCUUAGAAUUGCUAAAAAUGUAAGCAGCAAACAUUCUAAAGGGAGGUAGUUGUCAUGAGUGCUAAUAUAUAACCUGUUAUCAUUAGUAAAACGCAGCAACUGAUUGAAGCCC